CUUCUCCGUCACGUGAGCGCCGCGCGUGUCACGUGAUUCGCAGCGGCCGGUCCCCCAGUCCCCGGGAGCGAGCCGGGUCCGCGGCCGCCGCCAUGUCGAGCUUCCCCGAGCUCUACUUCAACGUGGACAGCGGCUACCUGGAGGGGCUGGUGCGGGGCUUCAAGGCUGGCGUGCUGAGCCAGGGCGACUACGUGAACCUGGUGCAGUGCGAGAGCCUGGAGGAUUUGAAGCUGCACCUCCAGAGCACGGAUUAUGGGAACUUCCUGGCCAACGAAGCCUCCCCCCUUACUGUGUCCGUCAUAGAUGACAAGUUGAAGGAGAAGAUGGUGGUGGAGUUUCGUCACAUGAGGAACCACGCGUAUGAGCCAUUGGCGAGUUUCCUGGACUUCAUCACUUACAGCUACAUGAUCGAUAACGUCAUCCUGCUGAUCACCGGAACGCUGCACCAGCGCUCCAUCGCGGAGCUGGUGCCCAAGUGCCAUCCUCUAGGAAGCUUUGAGCAAAUGGAAGCUGUGAACAUUGCUCAGACCCCUGCGGAGCUCUACAACGCAAUCUUGGUGGACACGCCCCUGGCUGCCUUCUUCCAGGAUUGCAUAUCCGAGCAGGACCUUGAUGAAAUGAACAUCGAAAUCAUCCGAAACACGCUGUAUAAGGCAUACCUGGAAUCCUUCUACAAGUUCUGCAAGAUCCUGGGAGGCACAACUGCAGACGCCAUGUGUCCAAUCCUGGAGUUUGAAGCUGACAGGAGAGCCUUCAUCAUCACCAUUAACUCGUUUGGCACGGAGCUCUCCAAAGAGGACCGAGCUAAGCUGUUCCCUCACUGCGGAAAGCUCUAUCCUGAGGGGCUGGCCCAGCUAGCCAGAGCAGAUGACUACGAGCAAGUCAAAACAGUAGCGGACUACUACCCUGAAUACAAACUGCUGUUUGAAGGAGCCGGCAGCAACCCUGGAGACAAAACCCUGGAGGACCGUUUCUUCGAGCAUGAGGUGAAGCUGAACAAGCUGGCUUUCCUCAACCAGUUCCACUUCGGGGUUUUCUACGCCUUUGUCAAGCUAAAGGAGCAGGAGUGUCGCAACAUCGUGUGGAUUGCCGAGUGCAUUGCGCAGCGGCACCGCACCAAGAUUGACAACUACAUCCCCAUCUUCUAACCGCCCUCGGCCCUCCUGCUGCCGGGUGGCACCCAGUGGAACUGCCCAUCCCCCCCGCCCCUCCCAGUACAUUCUGAAUGGGCUCUGUCCUAGCUCCGGGGAUGGCUCCUCUCUGGCACUGAUGGAAACGGGACAGUCUGUUGUUCCGGAGCGGCCAUUGUUUGCGUGAGUUGUGUGUGCUGUGCGGGUCCAGUGGGCCCUGGGAGGCGAUGUAGCAGGAGGGCUCCAGUCCCUGUAUUAUCAUUGUACCUGUGUCACUGUACUGAUCCGCUGUGUGUGCGUACGCUGAGCGAGCCAGUGCUGAUCUCUGAGGGAACUGGCAUCUCUCAGCAAUUAACUCCUUGCUCUAGAGUGACUCAUUAGAUGUGUUGCCGGAGUUUAAAUGUCCCCUUUACCAAGGCUAAGACUCGAGCAGUCUAGCUCCGGUAAAGUAUUGUCCCCAGAGGCUUCUUGUGAGCGUGUUUCUCUUGCCUCCCUUCGUGCGGCAGAUGCUGCUGUGUAAUUCCUGCAUCAUCUUGUGUCUGAAUCCUCCGAGGGCAGAAAACCGAGCAGCCCUUGUCCGGAGAGCAGAGGCAGAGGUUCCUGCUGGCUAUUGCAGGGCUCUGAGCAGCACGCAGUGACCCCGUCCUUCCCCCCCGUCGCCAGGCUGCACUUUCUUCCUGUGGACCUGCUGGUGCUGAGGCAGGCCAGUCACUGAAGGGGGGACCCAGCGAGCAAAUGCCUUUGCCCCUGAAAGAUUCUUGCUAACCUGCCCUCAACCUGGGAACAGGUCUCGAGCGAGGCUGGCCCUGCAGUGGCUGUGGGGACAGUACGUGCCUACUGCUGAGUGCAGGUGCUAGCCAGCCUGUCCAACCCCCAUGGCUACCUCAGGGUCCCCUCUGCAUUGCUCACCUGGCCCCACUAGCUGCUACUCUCCUUCUGGGAGCCCCUGGCCUCUGCCCAUUCCUGUGGGCUCUGAGCUGGCUGUCCUGCCAGGCUGGCUGCCUGUAUCCCAGGAGCAGCCCACUGCUUCCUUUACAAACUGCAGUGACAGGCCAUCUGCGAGCAUGUCCAGGUGUGCAGUGAGCAGGCCCCACACCCUUCUGCUCCAUGGGUAGGAGCACGUGUUCCCAUAACUGCAAGCUCAUUCCCAGAUUCUGGGGGCAGGUGAGUGGCUGCUGGCUCGGUUUCCCCAGGCGGUAAGAUGGUCAUUCAAAGGGAUCCAGAAGGCCACUGAAGUGACCUGUUGCUCUUUCUGGGCCAGGGGUUUAUGGGAAGCUGCCAAGCCCCAUCCUACCCCUGCUGGGUGUCUGGCACGAACACUGGGUAACUGCCUCGGCCUGUAAUCGCCCUGCGCAGGCAGGCUGGCUUGAAGAGCACACUUGCCUUCAGCGACAUGGUCUUUGCAGCCCGUUAAUGGAAAUUGAGACGGGGCAUGGGAGACCUGAGGAGCAUGGACUUUGAGCUUCUCCUACCUUCCCUGCUGCUGGCUUGGGGUCGCUGCUGCUCUGCACAUGGAGGGAGAGAGGGUGACUUCUGGUGCCCUUAGCUGCCUCCCACCCACCCACCCCCUUGCUCUCUGCUCAGAGCUCCCUUGGCCUGUGCUGAACUCCACCUUCCUGGCCCCCAGAGCACCCUUCUUUUCAGUCUCUGCAGCCCAGGCCCUGCUCUGCUGGGACCUGGAGUCAGGUUCCACUGCGUCUCUUUCCUUGGCUUACAGCCCCUCGCAGAUGAAGGUUGCUGGAAUUGCACUGUCCCCAAAGCAGGGCGCUCAGCAGGCGGGGGGCGGUCGUGGUUCCUGUCCAGGGCCUGGCCCAGCUGCUUAGCUGUCGAGCUCCAAGCUGGCAUUAGAAGGCUGUCUGUUCUCUGCUGCCGUGAAGCAAGCUUUGUGCUGCUCCUACAAGCAUGUGUAGGAGACUGGUAAGAACAGCCUGGCCGCCCUGCUCCGUCACUCUCUGCAGAGUGGUUUGCUGUCCUGGCUCCCCUCCCUCUGUGACAAUAAAUAUCUGCCUAAAGCA